AUAACGGAUUUACCACCAGGUGGUGGUGUCUGUGGAUGUUCAUGUAUCCCAUCUUCCCCGGCGCUCAGGGCGGAAGAAGGCGCGGAGGUGACUCUCUGGCCCGCACCCCUCUACUCUUCUGUUCCGUCUGACGUUGGACAACAAAGAUGGCGGCUGGAACCAGCAAUUACUGGGAAGAUCUCCGGAAACAGGCCCGACAGUUGGAAAAUGAACUUGACCUGAAACUAGUUUCCUUCAGUAAACUAUGUACAAGUUACAGUCAUGGCAGCGCCCGAGAUGGAAGACGCGACAGGUAUAGUUCUGACACUACACCCCUUUUAAAUGGAUCAAGCCAAGACAGAAUGUUUGAGACAAUGGCAAUUGAGAUUGAACAGCUUUUGGCAAGGCUUACAGGGGUAAAUGACAAAAUGGCAGAAUAUACCAACAGUGCAGGUGUCCCCUCCUUGAAUGCAGCAUUGAUGCAUACAUUACAGCGACAUAGAGACAUUUUGCAGGAUUAUACACAUGAAUUCCAUAAAACCAAGGCAAACUUUGUGGCAAUACGAGAAAGGGAGAAUCUCAUGGGAUCAGUACGAAAAGAUAUUGAGUCAUAUAAAAGUGGAUCUGGAGUAAACAACAGGAGAACUGAACUAUUUUUGAAAGAACAUGACCACCUUCGAAACUCAGAUCGUCUGAUAGAAGAAACAAUAAGCAUUGCUAUGGCAACAAAAGAAAAUAUGACUUCACAGAGAGGAAUGUUGAAGUCAAUUCACAGCAAAAUGAACACUUUGGCCAAGGUUUCUUUCAAAUAUGACCUUAAUAAAGAUUUCCCAAAGAUCGUUUUCCUGCUGUGAACAGCCUAAUCCAGAGGAUCAACCUUAGGAAGCGGCGAGACUCACUCAUCCUAGGUGGUGUAAUUGGUAUCUGUACCAUCCUAUUGCUGCUGUAUGCUUUCCAUUGAUGGGACCUCUCCAGGAACUCUUGACAACCACCAGUUUCACGCCCUGACCUGGAAUAAGGAAAAGAAGGAAGAAGUUGACUGCCCUGAAAAUUACCCUGACCAGCCAGAUGAAUUCAAAACUGAUAGUGAUGGCUUUAUGACAUGGAUUGAGCUGAAGCCAGUUUUUCUGUGCUGUCUUUUAUAACACACAUUUUCCUGUUUUUAGUUUAAAAACAACAAAAAAAGUUUCAGUUGCUUUUGUCUCCUUAGGAGGUGAGUAAAGCAGUCAAAAACAAGAGUUUCUGUGCUUCAGUGAUAGUGUUGAGGCCUGAUGACAAGCCAGAGCUGGACUCUUCAGAAUACCAGGUUUCUCUAUACUAUCCAAAGAGUCUUUCUUUCAGCCAGCAGAUUGGGAUGUGAAUAAAAAUAAUUCUUGUCCUUUUAUUUAACACCUAUGAUGAAAAAUCGCAAGUCCUUUCUUGAUUACCUUGAUAGAUUUUUCUACUUGAUGUUCUCAACUCUUUUCGUAGUCAAGGAAAAUUUCAUUUUUCACAAAAUCUUUGAGAUGCUGAUAAGCCUUCUUUAAUUUAACAUGUUUUGAGUUAUCUAAAACAGAAUACUGCAAAAAAAAUUAUUUGUCUUUUUCUUUUCUUUUUUAAAAUUACAAGUACACUGGGGUUAACUUUUCUAUUGCUAGAAAAAUAUCAAGAAGGACAGGCCUCUUUUUCUUUUAUUUAAGAAACUAGUCAUUUUAAUUUUUUUUAUUCCAUUGGAUUAAUAUUUGCUACUACAGGAUGAUGAAAUCUAAGUUCUACCAUGAGAAAAAAACUAAUAGCCAAUGUCUGUCAGUACACUCAACGGUUCCUUAUCAUGUCAGGAUUAGCACUGGUUACUGAGGGUGAGGACUGCUCAAUUUUCAGUGAGAUUCUAUUCAAUAAGUCUAAAAAGACAUUAAGGAGUCACUAUCUAGAUAAUUUCAUAUGUAAAUGCUCAACAGCUUUGGAGCAAAAGCUUAAGAACCAGAUCUAAUGAUCUGUGUUCUGUGAAAAUCUAUUCCAAACCUGUUAAACUUUUCCAAAUCUCCAGAGAACAGUUUGACUAUUGAAGGUGCCUAUCACAAUCUAUUUGUGCACCUGUCUUCUAUUACCAUCUCUGGAUAGUGACAAUAAACUACCCCCCAUAAUUUUUUUCAGGUUUAACCGUUCCUGUUAUUGAAAAUUCAUUACUUACCUUACUGAAACACGGGGUAUUUUAAAGACUUCUUAUACCCCUACUCCUCACCAAAAGAAAAAGCUGCUAUUCUCCAUUGGAGUUGACUAUGGUAUUUAUAGGACUUGCCUCAGACUGCCACAGGGAAUAAAAGGAUAAAUUCUUCACUACAGCAUCGUGUAUAGGUGCUGUUGUUCAGAGGGGCAUGAUUUGCUACAUGAUGAGAAGACUAACACUAGUCUGGGAUGGAGCAGUUCGUCGUUCUGUUGUCAAAGUUUUAUUACAUUCUGGGUAUGAAGGGCAUUUGAUAUAUUUUUCUUAACUAUGGGGUUUAUUUUUCUAAAUAUGGGUUGAUGAUCAUUUUAUUACCUGGAAAUCCCCUUAAAAGAAAAUUAAGUUUUCCUAAUGUGAACCUUAAAGGAUCAAGGAAGUAAGUUCAUUUAUUGAAUUCUCUUGAGAGAACAAAACUUCUCUCCCCCCGAUACUAUUAUCUUUGAUUUUUCAAAGGGCCUUGAUUGGUGAUUGUGCCUCAGCUAGAAUUUAUGGGACUUUGGUUGCUAUGUAGUUGGCAUUUAUAAAAUCUGAAGUAUCAUAAAUAAAGUUAUUUAUUUAAUUAUACUACCAGUCUUUUUUACUGGUCUGAUUACUUAGUUUGUUUAUUAAAGCUGAUAUUGUGAGAGUAAUCUAGCUUGCUACAGCCAAGCAAAGAAACAGUGUUGGUGGCUGAUAAGCCUCCCCAGGAGGGCUGUGCUCAUGUGAAAUAAUAGAAUUAUUAUUGGUUAUUUUCUUUAUGAAAAUAAAGAAACCAGUUCUUCCAAGGAAGUUGAAAAGGCUUGGUGUAAAUGUUGCAGUCAGAUAGGUCUGACUGACCUCCCAGUACUCUUACCCAUAGUGAGGUGCCCCUCACCCCAUAGCUAGAGAGUAGGAGAUGAUUAAGAGACUGUUCUUCCCUUCCCCUUGCAGAAAGGAAGUGAUGUGCCCUUUAAUGGAAAGGACUUAAUUUGGAUCCUGUGACUGUUGAUUUGAGUUUCAGUUUUGUGCCAGUUAACUUUUUUAAAAAUCACCUUGGUUUUCUUCCCUUUUUUGUUAUCUUUCUUCCAGACCAGUUGCUAGGUUCAAAAGCCAGCAGUUUAUUACUUGUUAAAGCCAGUCAAAGCUAGGAAUGUUGAGGCUGAGCCCAGAGGUCAGAGGAAUUUUCUGUUUCUAGUCCCAAUGAAAUGUUGUCUCUUAGGGAAGUUAUGCUCCUUUAGUCAUUGUCUUACAUAAUAAAUCUUUCCUUUUUGGAUCUUUUUAGUGGCUAUUCAAAACUCUUCUUUUUCACUGAAAAUGUGAAUACAGCAUUCAAUGUCUUUUUUUUUUUUUUUUUUGAGAUGGCAUCUCACUAGGUUUCCCAGGCUAGUCUGAAAUAUCUUUCUGCCUCAGCUUUUUCAGGUAGCUGAGACUACCAGUUUGUGCCACUGCCUGGCUCCAAAUGGUAUGUUUCUUUUUUUUUUUUUUUUUUUUUGGUGCUGGGAAUCGAACUUGGGGCCUUGCACUUGCAAGGCAGGCUGCAGAACCACUGAGCUAAAUCCCCAGGCCCCCAAAUGGUAUGUUUCUAAGAUUUUGUUUUAAUGUGUACUGAUGACCUUAGUAAAAGUGUUUAAUCUAUUCUUCAAAUUCAAGCCCAGAUAUCCAAGUGCAAUAGGUUAUCCUUCCUCGCAAUCUCCACAUUCUUUAUUAUUACUGUUAAUGAUACUGAAGGACUCCCUGUAACCCGCAUUGCUCACCUUUUAUUUUUCUGAUGUUAAAAAGGACUUUCGGGGCUGGAGAUUACCCUAACCCUAACCCUAAAUAACAAAUGGAUUCUACUCAAAUUACGAUGACUGUGUUCCAUUCUCCUUUUAGGUUAAGGGUUAUUUACCCUGGCUUCCAAAGAUGCAGAACAGGGGCCGGGGAUGUAGCUCAGUGGUACAGCGCCUGCCUGGCAAACCUGAGGCCCUGAGUUCAAUUCCUGCCCCACCUCACCCCCAAAAAAGAUGCAGAACUUUUCAUUAUGGUCUUAAUAAACUAAUUUUAAUUAUUCCUUUAUACUUGUUUAUUCCUACAUACCCUUAAGUGUCAUAGGAGGAAAAAUGAGGAAGGAACAAGUGAAUUUUAAGGAUUUUCAUUGAGUAAGAAGCAGAGACAAAGCUGAGCCAUGUCCUAAGCGAUCUUUGUCAUUUUCUUUGUACCUAACCUAAAUUAUCAAAUUAUUUGCAUCAGUGCCCACCCUAUUAGCUCGUAAGAGGGGAAAAUUAAUUCCAGUCACAUUUUACACUAGUGGAAGAUGUAUCCUCAUGAAAAAUGCCAGUAUGAACUUUUUAAAAAUCUAUUCUUUUCCAAAUGCACUUUCUAAUUUUUUGCUUUUAAAAUAGUUUCUUGGGACCAAUUUUGUUGUGUUUGUACUUAAUUUUUGUUCUCAUCUAAAUGUGCAUUUUCUGACUAUAGAAAAAGCUUUGUUAUGUAAUUUAAUAAUAAAUUAAAUAUCUGAA